AUGGAUUUCAAUCCAUUUCAUGACUCUGCCAACUUUGUUGAACUACUUAAUAGUCAACAAAAUGUAGUCUUUGGCAGUCAAAGUCAAGGAAGUGUUUCACUCUCUGCAUCGCAAGCUCUUCUCGGAGGCAGUCAAGAAGCACCAGCAGAGCGUAAGGGACGAAGGACGUGGACGACAAUAGAUGAAAUAGUGUUGAUCAGCUCGUGGUUGAACACGAGCAAAGAUCCACUUGUUGGGAAUGAGCAAAAAUGCACGGCUUUCUGGCAGAGAAUUGCAGAUUACUUCUCGGCGUCUCCUAAGGUUGCUGGUGGGCAAAAAAUCACAAAAACUCAGUGCAAGCAACGUUGGCACAAGAUGAAUGAUAAGGUUAACAAGUUUUGUGGGGCUUAUAAAGCAGCAACGAGAAACAGAACCAGUGGUAUGAACGAGGAUGAUGUGCUCAAAAUGGCCCACGAUAUCUUCUUGAACAACCAUCAAAAGAAGUUCACCUUUGAGCAUGCGUGGAAGGAGCUUCGCGGUGACCAGAAGUGGUGUCUACUCUCAGUAAAUGGAAGCAGCUCGAAAAGGAGGAAAUUAGACGAUGGUUCACAUUCAGCAAGCUCUCACGCAGCUACAAAUGAAACAGAUGCUUCUGUAGAUGCUGAAGGAACACGUCGUCCUCCUGGUGUUAAGGCAGCAAAAGCACAGAAGUGGAAGAAGGUGGGUGAGGAGAAAGAGGUCGCUGGCUUCAACAAUCUGUGGAACAUCAAGAAAGAGGAUUUGGCAAUGAAGGCAGGGAUCACGAAGAUGAGGGUACUUGAGAGUCUUGUUAAUAAACAAGUACCACUUGAUGAAUACGAAGAAGUUCUCAAGAAAAAACUCAUAAAAGAGUUGAUGUAA